AUGUCGAUUUCUUCAGUUCCGAUGUUCAAGUUUUCUCCGGAUUAUUUUUGUGUGUAAAUUAUUCUGAUUUUUCAAUCGGUGGAGGUGGAUUAUUUAUCCUUCAGUGGAAAAAAGAUGGACUGGUUCGGUUGGGACAGCUUCCGGUCGAUGAACGUUUAUGAAGACUUGGAGAGAUUGAUUGAGGGAAUUCAUUAGUUGUGGAAUAUCGUUGAUGAUUUGGGGGUGGAUAUUAUGGCAUUUAAGUAUGUGAUGAGGAGCUUCUUGAGGAUGAGAGGAGCUGCGAUGGUUGCGGCGGGAAGUUUUGCUAAAUUUGAAACUGAAGAUGGGAGGACAGACCCGCCGAGGGAGGAGCAGAGAGUGAGAUUUCAGGUGAAGGAGUUUGAGAAAUUGUCAUUUGAUUAUUUGAUCAAACAGUCGAGUAUUGAGGCCGUUAAUAGUGCCAGUCAGGCACUUACUGUGACUUACACAGCUAUUGAGAGCACCAGUAAAGAGUACAGAAAACUUUUGGGGCAGCUCAUUAAUCUCAUGGAGGAAACCAUGAUUUUUGAGGUCAGUGAUGAUCAUCGGGAUUUAAUUAUCGAGGUCAGGAUGGAGAUGCAGGACAAGAAAGAGGUUUUGACUCAACUCCUGGGGUACAUGGAGUACGUCCAGAAAAUGGCAGAAGCCGUGACGAACGUGAGUUUCCUUGCGGGAAUGGACAAUCUUUCGAUUUCAUUGUCUGAGAGAAUGGAGGACGCCCAGAAACAAAAGGAAAGAGAAGUUAAGGAUAAUGAGAAACUUGAGAAAGAGUACUACAAAAUUCAGGAGCAAUGUGUCAGACAAAAUAAAACGAGGGAGAAGUCUGAGAAUGCGGACAGUGAAAAUGUCCCAGAGGAACUGAAUCUCGACUAGAAAUAGAAAAUAUUGGGAUAUCGAUGGGAAAGCGGUGAUAAUUUGUUAUUCAUUAGUGAAUUCGCGUCGAGGUGAAUCGAGACGAUAUGACGUCCUGGAACCAUAACCAGUCCCAAUGCCCUCGCCUCUGUGUGAUCUUCAGAGAGAAAUUCC